ACAUUUACAACAAGAAGUUGACAAGACAUAAAAAAACAAAAAGUCUCAAAACACUGUAGGGAUUCGGAAUUUAAAUUUCAUCCAAAAAUGUCCAAUCAAUAUGGAUUAUCUGAAGAAGAAUUCAAUGUUAUAAAGCAGCAGGCUGCUCGUCGUGCUGCGAUGAGAAAAGAGUUCUUGAAACAGAGCACUAAUCCCUUCAAACAUGCGUCGGAAGCUGGCUAUGUUUUCGAUACCUCACUGCAGCAGUUCAUGUCAAUGAAGGUUACCCAAUUCGAACACUUCAAACCAAACCUUAAGAAUAGCCUUUUUGGAAUUUGCGCAAUUAUUAUCCCGAUGGUGUCCUACGGAUAUUUAAUUUGGAAGGACAGAAACGAUCGCGAACAGAAGAUAAGGUCCGGAGAGCUCCUGUACAAAGACAGACUAUUCAAAUUCCAGUGAAUCUUAUUUGAAAUUGUAGAUAAAUAUUGUUAGAGAAUAAAUCAUUACAUUAUA